GUUGUACAUUUAUCAAAAUGAAUAAUUGGGGAUGUAUUCUUAGUAUUAUUGAGCAAUCAUUAUCUAUUUUAUCAUUUCUCACUAAUAGUUUAUUGAUUUUUCUCGUAUUCACUAGCUCACCAAAAACUAUGGGUUCUUAUAAAUACAUUAUGAUAUUCACUUCAGUUUUUGAAAUGGCUUAUGGUUUGGUUCACUUUUUGAUAAAACCCGAAAUAAUAUCAAAAGAUUCGUAUGUACUAGAAGAAACCAACUCGCAAAAGUCGCUUAUACCUCUUUCUGUUGCCAGGAUGCUUCUGUUAUCUUACAAUGGUUCAUAUGCAAUUGCACUGAUCAAUUUCAAUAUUCAUUUUAUUUUUCGUUACUUUGUUAUGACUGGGAACGCAAAACGAGUGACUGGAAAAGUGAUAUGGAUAUGGUUGAGCAUCCCAUUCCUUUACUCCAUUUUCUACUCGGCUCCUACCCAUUUUUUGUUGCAUUCUAGUGAAAGCAUGGAUAGAGUGAUAAAAUCAGAAGUGGAAUAUUUGAAACAUUUACCAAUUGAAGAUGUAGUUUAUUAUGCAUUUAACUUCUUUGAAACAACAGAAAACUCGACACAGAAAUCUACAAAUUGGACCAAUAUUUAUGGGAUUUCAUUUAUGAUGCUUGUUAUUAGCACCUCCUUCUCUAUUACGAUUAUUUUCGCGGCAAAGGGGUAUUUUGAAGUGAAAAAGUUGAGCUCAAUAGCAACAUCUCAUUCGUCUGCUAGCAAAACUCUACAAGCUCAAUUAUUUUACUCAUUAGUCAUUCAGACAGUUAUUCCAGUGAUUCUUAUUCAUUUCCCAACAACUAUCAUUCUUAUUAAUGCAUUUUUUGGUAUUGGACGGGAAGUUCAUGGUCAUAUCCUUACAGUAUCUAUUUGUCUAUUUCCAGCAAUAGAUUCCUUGCCAAGCAUGAUUAUAAUUAGGCCUUAUCGGCUUGCAAUCAAGAGAGUUUUGAAAUAUCCAUUCCGACGUAGAAGCUCUUCGAUUGCGGCGUCAAAUACCAAAUACCUGUCGGAUGUUACAAGCAGAGUAGCCACAAAUAAUUGA